AUGGCUGAAACGCUCAAUCGUUUAUGCUGUUACCUUAUUCGAGACGACUUUGGACCAAUCGUUGAACAAGUCGCCAAAGUUCUUUUACAAAAAGGCCGACUUACCUUGCCAGUAAUCGCUAAACUCUCAAAAUUUACUUUGACUAAAACUCGAGAAUGUCUUUUCAUACUGAUCCAACAUAAUUUGGUAUACUGGGCUGAUGCAAGAGAAAGUCAAAAAAUUGGAAUUUAUUAUUCUAUUGAAAUAGACGAAAUUUUAGCAAGGUUAAAUUUCGGUAUUUAUAUAAAGAACGCUAAUGAAUGGAUUGAAUCAAGACAUGCGAGCGAACUUGUUAAAUAUAUAUUGCUUAAUGGUAAAGUGACCUUUGGAGGAUUAGUUGAAGAUCAAAAAAUUAACAAGAAAUCAAGCAGAUACAAAGAUAUCAAAGAAACCUUUUCCAAAAUGAUUGAAAAAAAAUAUAUUUUAUCUGUUGAUUUUACCGAUUCAAAAUCUGCUAGAGAUAAAGCUUCUGAAGCAGAACAACGAGAAUUAGCAAAAGUAACCAAUUUCAUACCCACCAAAAAACAAAUGGCCGAAGCUAAAGCCAAAUUAGCUGCUAAUCUUGAUUCGGAAGAUACUGCAAUUGGAUCGAAACGCAGAUUAAAUUUGGAAAAUUUGGAUAGACCAACAAAGCAACAAAAAGGGGAGAUUACAAUUGAUGAUAAUCAAUAUUUUCGAGUGAAUUAUGAAAAAUUUAACGUUAAAGAAAGAAAUAAACGUUUCGCAAAGUUCGUUAGGGAUCGCAUUAAUCGUUCUGCGGGAACUAUUAUAAAAUAUAUUCUAGACAUUGCAGACUGUGAUAAAGCAAGUGAAGUUGAAUCUUGUUCUAUUUCAUUAUAUAGAAUUCUUAAAAUUAUUCCAGAAAGUAAAGAUGAAUUAUUUGGUCAACAGAUGAAAACAGAAAAAGGAAAAACUGUUACCCGUGAAUCUCUUAUUAAGCAAUAUUUAGAUCAUCUGAUUGAUGAUGAUGCAAAUAUUUUAUGUAAACGAGAUGAAAAUAUGGGUGGAAUGUAUUUUGUUAGAUAUAAUGCAUUAUGUGAAUCUUUGAAGCAACAAGUUUUUGAAAAUAUUAUAUUAGAAAAAUUUGGUACAAAAGGAGCAAGAAUUUUGAAAGUUUUACAUACAAAACAAAAAUUGGAUGAAAAAGCGAUUACCGCAUUUACUUUGAUGAGUGUAACAGAUGUUCGACAAAAACUUAUUGAAUUACUUAACGCUGGAUUUGCUCAAGUCCAAGAAGUACCAAGAUCGGGGGAUCGAGCGCCAUCACGUACCUUCUUUUUUUGGUACGUUGACUACAACAAAUGCUAUGAAAUAAUUCUUAAUAACUAUUACCGUACGCUUGCAAAUAUUCAUCAAGUCAGAUUUGAACAAGAAUCUGGUGCAGCACGAUUAUUGGAUAAAAAAGAAAAGGAAGAUGCACUCAAACAAUUAAAUAGUAAUACAUUUAUUCAACUAUUGACAGAAAAUGAAACGAAAGCUUUAAGUGAUUUAGAAUUUAUUUUAACACAGUUAGAUACUGCUCAAUUGAGAAUGGUUCAAGAUGUAAUGCUAUUUAAAAAUUUUAAGUGA